GCCACUCGCAAGUGUAUAAUCGCAUAUCUCCCAUCCCCAGGGAAUCAAUCCCUUCAAGAACUUUAACAAAUGAUAUCAAUCAUAUAAAUCUCAGAUAAUAAGCUAAUUAUAACAUGAUCAACAUCCAGUGCAUGAUGAUAUAACAUAUAGUUUCUUCAUACAAAGAAAAAUCCCAGCAAGAGCUAACUAAUAUUAAGCAGUAACAAGAUACAGAAUGGAGCUUGAUAUGUCAUUAAAUCCCAGAGUUAAUUCUCUUGAGCCAUCAAAAACAGCAGUCAUAGCAGAACAAGCAACUGAUCUUCAACAAGCUGGUAUACCAGUCAUCAGUUUGACCACUGGACAGCCUGACUUUGAUACCCCAUCAAUCAUAGCUAAGGCUGGUAUUAGAGCAAUUGAGGGAAGUUGCACAAAAUAUACACCAAUUGCUGGUACUGCAGAACUCAGGACAGCUAUCUGUCACAAACUGAAAGAGGAGAAUGGAAUCUCUUAUACACCCGACGAGAUUCUGGUAAGUAAUGGAGCCAAGCAAUCCAUCUUUCAAGCAGUGCUUGCUGUUUGUUCUCCAGGAGAUGAGGUGAUAAUUCCAGCUCCAUAUUGGGUGAGUUACCUUGAUAUAGCAAGGCUAGCUGAUGCAACUCCUGUUAUUCUUGAAACAAAUAUAUCACAAAAAUUUCUACUAGACCCAAAACAGCUUGUGUUAAUGCUCAAUGAGAAGUCGAGGUUGUUGAUUCUGUGCUCACCUUCCAACCCAACAGGAUCUGUUUAUCCUAGGGAGCUCCUCUUACAGAUAGCUGAAAUUGUAGCAAGCCACCCUCGGCUUCUGGUACUUUCUGAUGAAAUAUAUGAGCAUAUCAUCUAUGCACCAGCAGAACAUACUAGUUUUGCAGUAUUGCCAAACAUGUGGGAAAGGACCUUGACAAUUAAUGGGUUUUCCAAGACCUUCGCCAUGACGGGUUGGAGACUCGGAUAUCUUGCUGGUCCUAGGCACUUUGUCGCUGCGUGUGCAAAGAUUCAGAGUCAGUCUACAUCAUGUGCUAGCAGCAUAUCACAGGCUGCAGGAGUUGCUGCUUUAGGACUAGGUAAAGGUGGUGGAAAGGAAGUAUCAGACAUGGUCAAUGCUUACAAGGAGAGACGUGAUUUUUUGAUUAAAAGUUUUAAGCAAUUACAAGGCGUCAAGAACUCAGUUCCUCAGGGAGCUUUUUACCUCUUCCUUGAUUUUAGCUCUUACUAUGGGUUAGAAGCCGAAGGGUUUGGAAUGAUAGAUGGUUCAGAAUCUUUAUGUUGUUAUUUACUCAGCAAAGCUCAGGUGAUUUCUCUACCAGGUGGCAUUAGUCCCAGGUGAUGCAUUCGGAGAUGACAAGUGCUUAAGGAUUUCAUACACAGCAUCUCUCUCCACCCUGCAAAAAGCCAUGCAGCAGAUUCAGAAGGCUCUCCUACAUCUCAAACCAGCAGUCUGUGUUUAAUACUCUGCAAGUAUUACACUGUAACUUCUACUAACUGUAUGAUGUGAGCAACUCUGUUUAUUGUACUUUUAAUAAUGUAUGUAAGGUAAAUUGUGAUUUGUAAACCUUAUUCUCUAAUACCUUUCACUAAUGGUGCUUGGUACUUUCUUUCCA